ACAUUGACACAUCUGACAUUUCCGAUUAAGUGACUGUAGCAAAAAUAAAGUGAUAAUAAAAUUGUAAGCGCGAUAUUUCCACAUUCAUAAAAACUCUCAUACUUUGAUGUUCGAUUGGUUGGUGUUAAUAACUUCUAUAAGACGAUGAUUUGAAUCAGAAAGCUGUGAAAACUGCCCUACGAGUGUUUGUUGCUCGUGAAGGACGAGAAAAACACAAGAUGGCCGAUCCCGAUCCAGAAACGCUGUUAGAAUGGCUGAACAGUGGGGUUGGAGAGGAGCGCGAUAUGCAGCUUAUCGCGCUCGAGCAGUUGUGCAUGCUGCUUCUUAUGUCCGAUAAUGUAGAUCGGUGCUUCGAAAGCUGUCCACCACGAACCUUCCUCCCGGCACUGAUACGCAUAUUCCUAGACGACCAGGCCCCGGAAAACGUCCUAGAGGUAACAGCCAGGGCCAUCACCUACUACCUGGACGUGUCCGCGGAAUGCACGAGACGCAUAGUGUCGAUAGAUGGCGCUGUCCGGGCCAUAUGCAACCGACUGGUCGUGGCCGAGCUCAACUCUCGCACCAGCAAAGACCUGGCCGAGCAGUGCGUCAAAGUACUGGAACUGAUAUGCACAAGAGAGGUGGCGGCAGUGUUCGACGCGGGCGGCUUGGCCGCCGCCCUGCCCUUCGUCAGAGACCACGGCUGCCGCCUCCACAAGGACACCCUCCAUUCGGCCAUGGCGCUGGUGUCCAGACUCUGCACCAAACUGGAACCCACCGACCCGCAAUUGAACACGUGCGUGCAAGCCUUGAGCUCGCUGCUGCAGCAGGAGGAUCAGCAAGUGGCGGACGGUGCUUUGAGGUGUUUCGCUUCGAUAGCUGAUAGGUUCAGUAGGCGGGGCGUAGAUCCCGCCCCUCUAGCGCAAUACGGUCUGGUCAACGAGCUACUGUCAAGGUUAUCGAACGUGCCAGGACCGUCGAUGUCGGUUGGCGCCCAGGGCACGCCGGGCAAGCUAACCUCGCUGCCGAACCCGUCUCCCGCGACUACAGACAAUAAGGGAACGUCCGCGUCCAUAUCGACCAUCAUAAGUCUGCUAUCUACGUUGUGCAGGGGAUCGCCGACGAUAACGCACGACCUGCUCAGGUCCGAACUGCCGGACGCGAUCGAGAAAUCGCUGAAGGGCGACGAGCGUUGCACCCUGGACUCGAUGAGACUCGUCGAUCUACUGCUGGUGCUGCUGUUCGAGGGUAGGAGCACAAUCGGAAAGUCGGGAAGCGCGUCCUCCUCCGGCCAGCUGAUGCCAAGGAUCAGGAGAAUGGACUCGGCCGCCGAGAAGUCUCAUAGGCAACUGAUCGAUUGCAUCAGAUCAAAAGAUACAGACGCCCUGAUUGAAGCAAUAGAAUCAGGAGGGGUCGAGGUAAACUUCAUGGACGACGUGGGCCAAACGCUGCUGAACUGGGCCUCCGCGUUCGGCACCCAAGAGAUGGUCGAGUACCUGUGCGAGAAGGGUGCCGACGUUAACAAGGGCCAGCGCAGCUCGUCGUUACAUUAUGCGGCUUGCUUCGGCCGACCGGCAAUCGCCAAGGUCCUCCUGCGUUUCGGCGCCAAUCCCGACCUCAGAGACGAGGACGGCAAGACUCCCCUGGACAAGGCCAGAGAGCGGGCGGACGAGGGUCAUCGCGAGGUCGCGGCCAUACUGCAAUCGCCCGGAGAGUGGAUGAUACCCCUCGAGAAGGACAAGCAGCGGAAGUCCGAGUCGGAGGUGGAGGAGGGCGCCGAACCCAAGGGCGAUCCGGAGAUGGCGCCCGUCUAUCUGGAGAGGCUCCUGCCGGUGUUCUGUCUGACGUUUCAGUCGACUAUGCUGGCCUCGGUGCGCAAGGCCAGUCUCGGCCUGAUCAAGAAGAUGAUACACUACGCUCAGCCGGAUCUGUUGGAGGAUAUGAACUGUUCGUGCGAGGCGAAAAGCAGCUUUACGACGCAGCUGGUCGAGGUGAUUGCCACCGUUUUGGAUAACGAUGAGGACGAAGACGGCCACCUUGUGGUACUGUCAAUCAUACAAGAUCUGAUGUCGAAGGCCCAAGAACUCUUCCUGGACCAUUUCGCCCGAUUGGGCAUAUUCUCGAAGGUCCAAACGUUGGCCGGUCCCUUGGAAUCUCAAGACGCGGAGGACAACAAUCAAAAUAACGAAGGUUGGUACGAUUUGGCCGGAGCCUCUCGAAUCGCGAUCGUUACAAGUUUCCUAAUUAUUGCCGCAGAAAACUCCGAAAAAAAUCAGGUGGACGACGCCAAGGAAAUUCUACCGGGCAAGGCCUAUCACUGGAAGGAAUGGUCCAUAUGCCGCGGUAGGGAUUGUUUGUAUAUUUGGUCUGAUGCUGCGGCCCUGGAACUUUCUAAUGGUUCUAACGGCUGGUUUAGGUUCAUAUUGGACGGCAAGUUGGCCACGAUGUAUUCCAGCGGAUCGCCGGAAGGGGGUGCUGACACUUCGGAAAAUCGAGGGGAAUUUUUGGAGAAACUUCAGCGAGCCAAAGCAGCAGUUAAGAACACAUCGAACACCAUUCCGAUACUAUCGAAACCAGGCCCCACGAGGUUGGUGGUGGAGAAUUGGUCGCUGACCUGUCGCAAAGAUUCCGAGAUAACCAUUCACAACUCAGACGGCCAACAGCAGACCACCAUACUGAGGGAAGACCUGCCCGGUUUCAUAUUCGAAUCGAACCGCGGCACUAAGCAUUCUUUCACAGCGGAAACCAGUCUAGGUUCGGAAUUCUCGGCCGGUUGGACGAAUAAGAAGGGCAAGAAGUUGAGGUCGAAGACGGAAGCCACGAAGACCAAAGUGAAAUAUCUAGCUUAUCAGAUAUACGAGCAGUAUUUCAGAGUUGCACAGGCUCAACCUAGGGGUGUUGUGGCCAAACUGGGAAAUAUUGUCGCCCAGAUCGAGAGGGCCUGUCAGAAACAGUGUUCUUACGGCAACAACAAGGAGGGCGGUAACUCUUGGAAGGAAAUCUUGAGGGUCGCCCUGGACGAAUUAACGCACAUACUCAAGGAAGAUGGCGUGGUGAGCGCUUACGAGCUGCAAAGUUCCGGCCUGGUUCAGGCCCUGCUAUCGCUGCUGUCCACCAGUCACUGGGACCAAGGUUUAAAGUCGAGCAAGAUGAACAAAUACCAAAAGCAGAGGGUGCAGCUCUUCAAACAGUCCUUCAAAAACAAAUCCUGUGAUGGCCAUUGUUCAGUCACCAUUCUAGUCCACAAAUUGAUAUCAGUCUUAGAGAGUAUUGAAAAGUUACCUAUUUAUUUAUAUGACAGUCCAGGCUAUGGACACAGUCUUCAAAUUUUAACUAGAAAAUUAAGAUUUAGGUUAGAGAAAGCGCCGGGAGAAAGCUCCCUGAUCGACAGAUCCGGCAGGGGCCUAAAGAUGGAACCUCUGAGCACCGUGGCCCAACUGGAGAAAUACCUGCUGAAGAUGGUCGCGAAACAGUGGUACGACUACGACAGGAACACGUUCCAGUUCCUGAAGAAGCUCAAAGAGCCGAAAUAUCAAAGUUUCAAGCACAGCUUCGAUUUCGACGAGAACGGCGUGAUAUAUUUCAUCGGCACCAAUGGUAAGACGACGACCGACUGGGUGAACCCGGCCCAGUACGGCCUGGUGACCGUCACGAGUUCCGAUGGUAGGAAUUUACCAUAUGGAAGGGUCGAGGACAUCCUCUCGCGCGACAGUUCCGCAUUAAAUUGCCAUACCAACGACGACAAGAGAUCUUGGUUCAGCAUCGAUCUCGGUCUGUACCUCAUACCGUCGGCGUUCACCCUGAGGCACGCCCGCGGCUACGGACGGUCCGCGCUCAGGAACUUCCUGUUCCAGAUGUCCAAGGACGGCAUAACGUGGACCACCCUGUCCACCCACACCGACGAUAACUCGCUAAACGACCCGGGAUCGACGAACACGUGGCCGGUAACGGAUCUACCGACGGAAGAGUACCAAGGUUGGAGACACGUCAGGAUACAACAGGCCGGUAAGAACGCGUCCGGUCAGACACAUUACUUGAGCCUGUCUGGUUUUGAGAUCUACGGAACGGUGACCAGCGUCUGCGACGAUUUGGGAAGGGCGUUGAAGGACGCCGAGGCUCAUCUUAGAAAACAGAGGAGGAUAUUGAAGACUCAGCUGUUGAAGCAUAUCGUGGUGGGAGCGAGAGUGGUGCGAGGCAUCGAUUGGAAAUGGAGAGAUCAAGACGGUAAUCCACCGGGGGAAGGUACGGUAACCGGUGAGAUACACAGCGGUUGGAUCGACGUCACGUGGGAUCACGGCGGAUCUAACUCGUAUAGAAUGGGCGCCGAAGGGAAGUACGACUUGAAAUUGGCGCCCGGUUACGAGGUGGAGGCGUGUUCUUCCAAGGCGCCGUCGUCGACGAAAGCCAAAGACGCCAAAGAUAAACAGAGCGUCUUGACUAGCAGGAAGAGCAGCUCGACUCCUAGCCUACCGGAAGCGACCGACGUCAAGACGUCAGUGGCGUCCACCGAACAGGCCGCGUCCGCCGAUAACCUAGCGGCCAAACAGGCCGCGGAAACUAUAGCGGAGAGUCUACUGUCGGUGGCUAGAAACGAGGCCCUAGUUUCCGUCACUUCGGAAUGCCAAGCCGCCAGUAAUAACUCGGAAUUAUCGGUGGUGGUACAUCCGUUGAGGGACCCGCAUCACGACCUUUCGACCAUCAACAAUUCCAGCGAUUUGGCGACGAUUGUCGAAAGUUUGACGCUGAACGAGACCAAAGCCGACAACUUCAAGAAGAUGCACCGUCAGUCGUUCGAGGAUAAACCGGCCAGUUCGGCGGAUUCCCAUUAUUCCAACACUUGCAACAUCGGAAAACCGGUGAACAACAGAUCGAAACUACCGUCGUCGAUACAGAGCCUGGUCGAUCGCCUCGAGAGCGCCAAGGCCAAGGAGAUGGCCGACGCGCUCAAGAACAACACGAACAGUUACCUCUCGGAGGACAUAACGCAGGCGGCCACCAACUCCGGCCAGUCGACCAACGCGGGCGCCGCGCCCGCCGUCCGCAUAUCGAUAUCGAGCAAUUCCGAGACGGACGACGACCGGUCGGCCUGCAGUCAGAAUCUGGACAAGGAGACCGGCGAGCUGACGGACGAGUGCGGGCCGGACGACAAGGAGAUCGAGGUGACGAACAGCAACAACGCGAGGAACAACAGCAACAACUCGGUGGUCGUGAACAACCCGAUGAGCGUCAGCGUGCCGAACCUGACGUCGACCGAGUCGAACAGUCAGAUGGAACCGACGUCCACGGCCGGCCUGUUGGAGACGUUCGCCGCGAUGGCCAGGCGUAGGACGUUGGGUUCGGUGUCGACGUCGAACGCCAACUCGAGCGGCGCCCAUUCCGGCAACAUUAUGUGCGCGAACGCGCAGAACAACCAGAACCAGGGCGGUUCGAUAUUCCCCAGAGGACCGAAUUCGGUGUCAAGCCUUGUGAGGUUGGCGUUGUCGACGAAUUUCCCUGGGGGUUUGCUGAGCACGGCGCAGAGCUAUCCGAGCUUGUCGUCGAGCAACAACACCGCCAAUCAGGCGGGCGGCAUACCCACCACAGCCGGAGCUGCCAAAGGUUUGAGUCAAGCCUUCACGAUGAGCCUCACCUCCACCAGCAGCGACAGCGAGCAGGUAUCCCUGGAGGACUUCCUGGAAUCCUGCCGCGCCCCCACCCUCCUGGCCGAACUGGACGACGACGAGGAGAUGGGCGAGGACGACGACAACGACGACGACGAGAACGAGGACGAUGCGGACUACGAGGAGGUGAUGGUGUCCAGGAAUCUGCUGUCCUUCAUGGAGGAGGACGGGUUCGAGGCCAGGCCCACCAAGAGGAGGUCCUGGGACGACGAGUUCGUGCUGAAGAGGCAGUUCUCCGCCCUGAUUCCCGCCUUCGAUCCCAGGCCCGGAAGGACCAAUGUCAAUCAGACGACAGAUUUCGAAAUCCCACCUCCCGGAGCCGAAGAGACAGAUCCCACAACCGAACAAGACAUCUUGCCCCAACCCAAGUUGCAUCUGGUACUCAGAGGACCGAACAUGCCCGGCAUACCCGAUAUAGAGGUCGAACUGACCGAUCCCUCGGCCACCAUAUUCAGCACCGUGCAAGAACUGAUGCAAACCGCCGAAUUCGGCACGAAACAGGAUAAGAUCAGGAGAAUAUGGGAGCCCACUUAUACAAUAAUCUACAAGGAAGUUCCGAAUAUCGGCCAGAGCAACGAAGAAGAAGGCAGAUUGACACCGGUCGUCACAAUAUACAGCAGAAGCGGAAGUAGUUCCGUCGCUGGUACCACUCUGUCCCCCAGCACCCCAGUCCCCGGCACCCCCUCUAUCUCAAAUUGCACGGUUGAAGACGUGCUCCAACUGUUGAGGCACCUGUUCGUCAUAAUGACCUCGGACAGUCCGAGGAGGAGCAUCCAAGACAUAAUCAACGCGGAGACGGAAUGGGACUGCACCCCCGAUCAGUUCAACAGCAAGAAGCUGACCAAUAAAUUACUGCAACAGAUCCAGGACCCCCUGGUACUGUCCAGCUCCAGUUUACCGGCCUGGUGCGAGGAGCUGAACCAGUCCUGUCCGUUCCUGUUCCCGUUCGAGACCCGACAGUUGUACUUUAACUGCACCGCCUUCGGUACUUCGAGAAGCAUCGUCUGGCUGCAGACGCAAAGGGACGUCAGCUUGGAGAGGCAGAGGACGCCCGGUCUCUCGCCCAGACGAGACGACCAACACGAAUUCAGGGUCGGGAGAUUGAAGCACGACAGAAUUAAAGUUCCUAGAGGUGAAGAUCUAUUCGAUUACGCGUACCAAGUGAUGAAGACGCACUGCAGUCGGAAGUCGAUACUCGAAAUAGAAUUCACCGGCGAAGAGGGUACCGGAUUGGGACCCACCCUCGAAUUUUACGCGUUGGUCGCCGCCGAACUGCAGAGGAGAGACCUGGCGAUGUGGAUAUGCGACGACGAGUCCAUAAACUCCCAAGAGGCCGUCGACCUGGGCGAGGGCCUCAAACCGCCCGGCUAUUACGUCAGGAGACCGUCGGGCCUGUUCCCCGCGCCCCUACCCCAGAAUUCCGAGAUGUGCGACAAGACAGCGAGGAACUUCUGGUUCCUGGGCGUGUUCCUCGCCAAGGUGCUGCAGGACAACCGGCUCGUCGACCUGCCGCUCUCUCAGAACUUCCUCAAGAUGAUGUGCCACGGGGAGAUCCUGAACACCGUGAACGAGAGGAUCGGCUACGCCGGUUCCAGGAAGGUGAUCGAGGAGGACAUAAUGACGUCUAGUCUGAUAUCGGAGGAGAGCGAGAAGGAGCUCGAGUUGGAUCCGCCUAAACCGACGGUCGAGGAGAGGAAACCUUGGUAUAGCAAUAUAUUGGACGAGGAGGACUUGUACGACAUUGACCCGAUCAGGGCCACGUUCAUGAAACAGCUACGCGAUCUCAUCAAGCAGAAACAGAAGAUCAUACAGGAUAUCAAUCUGUCGCCGGAGAUGAAGUCUCAUCAGAUUCAGAACCUAUGCCUCAACCAUUCCUCCGGUCCCGUACUUCUGGAAGAUCUUGCCUUGACAUUCACCUACUUGCCCAGCUCUAGCGUAUUCGGAUAUUCCUCGGUCGAAUUAGUUCCCAGUGGCGCUGACAUCGAGGUCAACAUAGAAAACAUAGAGGAAUACGUCGAGUUAACCACGUCGUUCUGCCUAGAGAAAGGCAUCGCCCGACAGAUGGAAGCCUUCAAGCAGGGCUUCACGACGGUUUUCCCGAUGGAAAAAUUGGCAGCUUUCAACCCGGACGAACUGAGGAUAAUGCUGUGCGGCGAUCAGAAUCCGGAAUGGACCAGGGAGGACUUGCUGAAUUACACGGAGCCCAAAUUGGGAUACACGAAAGACAGUCCUGGUUUCCUGAGGUUCGUGAACGUCUUGGUCGAUAUGUCACCGGAAGAAAGGAAGGCCUUUUUGCAGUUCACGACAGGUUGCAGUUCACUGCCGCCUGGUGGGCUGGCCAAUUUAUAUCCCAGACUGACAAUAGUACGUAAGGUGGAUGCGGGAGAGGGAUCUUAUCCGUCUGUUAAUACCUGUGUCCAUUAUUUGAAGCUACCUGACUAUCCAACUGAGGACAUACUGAGACAGAGACUUUUAGCAGCUACUAAAGAAAAAGGAUUUCACUUGAAUUAAGCAAACAACACCUAAAUAAACUGUACCUUUCAAAAAUUAAUGUUUAAUCUUACUUAGGAUAAAGUAUAAAACGAUUUCAAAGGGAUUAUUUGAAAGGUUUUCAAUUUGUAUUUCUAACGAUUGUAACUUUUUUCUAGGUAAAUUUCUAGGUGUACAAUUUAGAUAUGUACACUCCAUUUGUAUUAUUCACUGCAGGCUGUUCAAGACAGUUAAACUAGGGAAAUCUUAUUAGUAAUAAAGGUGAUUAUACUAACUAUGACCAAAUUUAUUAUUUAUAAGAAGUGAUGUUGAAAUGUGAUUUAUUCUGCAAUAUCAAGGAAACUUUGAAAAUUAAUAUUAUUUAAUAAUGUACUUGGGUAAUUGCGGUUUGCUCUAUUUGGUUCUAUAUUUUCCUGCUUCAAAGCAUAUUAUGUGUAGAAAAAUGUCUUUACGUAUAGAUGUUGAAAAUACGAUAAUGUUAGCCCAAAUAAAUAAAUCUAUAAUAUAUUCA